UGACUGGAAGCCUCGGUGGCGCCGCGGCUUGCCGGUUUCACCCCGGGAACUUUUCUUUGCAGGAGGAGAAGAGAAGGGGUGCAAGUGCCCCCACGUUUGCCCUCUUGCUCCCCCUCCUCCUCCUCUCCAAUCCGCCUUCCCCCGUCUGGAGCGGGCAGCUGCGGACUGGCCACCCCGCGCCUUCCCAAGUGCUCGCCUCCGCAGCCGGGGGACGCGCCAGCCUCUCCGGGAGCCGCUCGCUCCGCGUCCGGGCAGCAGCCGAGGGAACAGGAGCCCGCGCCUCGAGUCCCCGAGCCGCCGCGGCUUCUCGCCUUUCCCGGCCACCCGCCCCCUGCCCCGGGCCCGCGUAUGAAUCUCCUGGACCCCUUCAUGAAGAUGACCGACGAGCAAGAGAAGGGCCUGUCCGGUGCCCCCAGCCCCACCAUGUCCGAGGACUCGGCGGGCUCGCCCUGCCCAUCGGGCUCCGGCUCCGACACCGAGAACACGCGGCCCCAGGAGAACACGUUCCCCAAGGGCGAGCCGGACCUGAAGAAGGAGACCGAGGAGGACAAGUUCCCCGUGUGCAUCCGCGAGGCGGUCAGCCAGGUCCUCAAGGGCUACGACUGGACGCUGGUGCCCAUGCCGGUGCGCGUCAACGGCUCCAGCAAGAACAAGCCGCACGUCAAGCGGCCCAUGAACGCCUUCAUGGUGUGGGCGCAGGCGGCGCGCAGGAAGCUGGCCGACCAGUACCCGCACCUGCACAACGCCGAGCUCAGCAAGACGCUGGGCAAGCUCUGGAGACUGUUGAACGAGAGCGAGAAGCGGCCCUUCGUGGAGGAGGCGGAGCGGCUGCGCGUGCAACACAAGAAGGACCACCCGGAUUACAAGUACCAGCCGCGGCGGAGGAAGUCGGUGAAGAACGGGCAGGCGGAGGCCGAGGAGGCCACCGAGCAGACGCACAUCUCCCCCAACGCCAUCUUCAAGGCGCUGCAGGCCGACUCGCCGCACUCCUCCUCGGGCAUGAGCGAGGUGCAUUCCCCCGGCGAGCACUCGGGGCAAUCCCAGGGCCCACCGACCCCACCCACCACCCCCAAAACCGAUGUGCAGCCGGGCAAGGCUGACCUAAAGCGAGAGGGGCGCCCCCUGCCAGAGGGGGGCAGACAGCCCCCCAUCGACUUCCGCGACGUGGACAUCGGCGAGCUGAGCAGCGACGUCAUCUCCAACAUCGAGACCUUCGACGUCAAUGAAUUUGACCAGUACCUGCCCCCCAACGGCCACCCGGGGGUGCCGGCCACGCACGGCCAGGUCACCUACACGGGCAGCUACGGCAUCAGCAGCACCGCGGCGACCCCGGCGGGCGCGGGCCACGUGUGGAUGUCCAAGCAGCAGGCGCCACCCCCGCCCCCGCAGCAGGCCCCGCAGCAGGCCCCGCAGGCCACCCCGCAGCAGCAGGCGGCGCCCCCGCCGCCCCAGCAGGCGCCCCCGCCGCCGCAGCAGGCGCACACGCUCACCACGCUGAGCAGCGAGCCGGGGCAGUCGCAGCGAACGCACAUCAAGACGGAGCAGCUGAGCCCGAGCCACUACAGCGAGCAGCAGCAGCACUCGCCCCAGCAGAUCGCCUACAGCCCCUUCAGCCUCCCGCACUACAGCCCCUCCUACCCGCCCAUCACGCGCUCGCAGUACGACUACGCAGACCACCAGAACUCCGGCUCCUACUACAGCCACGCGGCGGGCCAGGGCUCCGGCCUCUACUCCACCUUCACCUACAUGAACACCGCGCAGCGCCCCAUGUACACCCCCAUCGCCGACACCACCGGGGUCCCAUCCAUCCCGCAGACCCACAGCCCCCAGCACUGGGAACAACCCGUGUACACACAGCUCACCAGACCUUGAGGAGGCCUUAGACAAAGGGGUAUCCAUGACGAGAUCAAUCAACGAGAUCAUAAAAAAAUAACCGAAGAGAUAAAGAACCAACCAGAAUUAACUUUGGACUUUUUUUUUUUUUUUUUUUCCUUCUUAUUCCUUAAAGACAUUGAAGCUAAAGGCAACGCGUACCCAGAUUCCAGGACAGAAACAUUGUCCAGACGCAAUAGCGACUUGCUGAGAAUCAGUGGCCAGCCACUCUUGGCUGGAGGGACCAGCGGAAUCGACAAGAAACUGGACUUUGGAAACCUUCAGAGCAAGCAUAGAGGCUGAUGGAGAAUCGUGUGACCAGUCUGCUCAAUCUCUCUGCCUGUUUGGACUUUGUAAUUAUUUUUUAGCAGUAAUUAAAGAAAAGAGUCCUCUGUGAGGAAUAUUCUCUAUUUUAAAUAUUUUUAGUAUGUACUGUGUAUGAUUCAUUACCAUUUUGAGGGGAUUUAUACAUAUUUUUAGAUAAAAAAAAAAAUUAAAUGCUCUUAUUUUUCCAACAGCUAAACUACUCU